AUGCAAAAUGAAAAGGCUUUCAACUUCGAAGUGGCAAUGAUCGAAGUAGUUGAAGCGAUCGAUUUCGUGGAUGUUUGCAUUGCUCAACGAGGUGUAACAGCUGCGCUCGUAAAUCUUAUCCAACCAUUAAGCGAUGCGAGAAGUAGAUACGAUGACCAGAAUUCCAAUCGUCGUGAUGGAGUCAGAUCCUUUCCGGACUCGGUAACACUUACCGCGAUUUUUCGAAUGGGUAUGACUAACAAAGAAGCCUUUCGCGUCAGCCAAACCUCUCUUGAGGACGCGAUAGGUAUCGCAUUGAAUGCAGAGUAA